UCUUAACGCACAGACGCCUUUAGUCAAAGCGUCACUACUUUUGCUUUUGUUGCUUGCUUGGCACUCUGGUCCUCCCAGCUCAGCAAGCACACAGCUCAGCCUACAGCUCAGUCUAAGGACUGCAGGCAGGCAGCUGGCCACUAGAGGAUCUCUAACUUUCUCUGCGGAACUGAGGGCUGAAGUCAAAGACGCAAAAUGGUGGCCUCGUCUUUCACUGUCCUAAGAGCAAGCAGGUUGUGCCAGUGGGGUUGGAAGAGCUGGGCGCGGCUGUCAGGGCCUCCGACGCUCAGCACCGGUGGCCGGACCACUUGGGCGCGGACAAAUGCGACCCUGAGCCUGGAGCCCGCGGGCCGCAGCUGCUGGGACGAGCCGGUGCACAUCACCGUGCACGGCCUGGCCCCCGAGCAGCCCGUCACGCUGCGCGCCGCCCUGCGCGACGAGAAGGGCGCGCUCUUCCGAGCCCACGCGCGCUACCGCGCCGACGCCGCUGGAGAGCUGGACCUGGCGCGCGCGCCCGCGCUGGGCGGCAGCUUCGCGGGGCUCGAGCCCAUGGGGCUGCUCUGGGCCAUGGAGCCCGAAAGGCCUUUCUCUCGCCUGAUCAAGCGUGACGUGCAGACGCCCUUCGUGGUGGAGCUGGAGGUGCUGGACGGACACGAGCCCGACGGCGGACGGCAGCUGGCGCGGGCGGUGCACGAGCGUCACUUCAUGGCCCCCGGGGUGCGGCGCGUGCCCGUGCGCGAGGGCCGUGUGCGCGCCACGCUCUUCCUGCCACCAGGCACUGGACCCUUUCCUGGAAUCAUAGACCUUUUUGGACUUGGAGGUGGCCUUCUGGAGUAUCGGGCGAGUCUGCUGGCCGGGAAGGGUUUUGCCGUCAUGGCUUUGGCUUAUUACAACUACGACGACCUCCCCAAGAGCAUGGACAUUAUCCACAUAGAAUAUUUUGAGGAAGCUGUGACCUACCUGCUCAGUCACCCUCAGGUAAAAGGUUCAGGAGUUGGGGUGCUUGGCAUUUCCAAAGGGGGUGAACUUGGCCUUGCCAUGGCUUCCUUCCUGAAAAAUAUCACAGCCGCUGUCAUCAUCAAUGGCUCUAUAUCCAACGUCGGUGGAACCUUACAGUACAAAGAUGAGACCGUGCUCCCCGUGGGCAUGAACCCCAAACGAGUCAAGAGGACUGAAGAUGGCCUCAAAGACAUCGUGGAUGCUCUAAACAAUCCUCUGGAAGGAGCUGACCAGAAGAGCCUGAUUCCUGUGGAAAGGUCUGACACGACCUUCCUGUUCCUUGUAGGUCUGGAUGACCACAACUGGAAGAGCGAGUUCUAUGCCAGAGAGGCCUCCAAACGCCUGCAGGCCCAUGGGAAGGAGAAGCCCCAGAUCAUCUGCUACCCAGAGACAGGCCACUAUAUCGAGCCCCCUUACUUCCCCUUGUGUAAGGCUUCCCUGCACAACCUGGUGGGUGGUCCUGUCAUCUGGGGAGGGGAGUCCAGGGCUCAUGCCAUGGCCCAGGUGGAUGCUUGGCAGCAAAUCCAGACUUUUUUCCAUAAACAUUUGGAUGGGGACAAGAGGACAAUCACAGCAAAGCUGUGAUUUUUAUUUAAGUUGUAUUUUAUUUAGGAUCUCCGAUGCUGCUCUCUCUCCUGGGAAAGCCUCUGCUGUAUGUGUGUGUCUGUCUGUCUGUGUGUGUUUCUCUUUUACAUCAAU